AUGUUCCCUUCUAACCAGAUUCUUAUUUCUUGGUGCCAGAUUGAGCACUAGCUAGCUCUUGCUCUCUUACUCCUCUCCACUCUGAUCCUCCUUUCUUUUUUACUUUUUGCCAUUUCUCUGAGCCAGAGGUGAAGGGGUUUUGGUCUAAUUAUGUCAGUCUUCUCUCCUCCUCACAUGGGUAUCGCUGAAGAUCUCUUCUCUGAUUGGAAUGGUGCACCAGAUUCAAGUCCUCAUCACCAGGAGGAACUUUUGGAGAAUGAGAACGUUAUCCAUGAUGAAAAUAAUGAUUCCACUCCUGUUACAAAGGAGAAUAAUUUGCUUAUACCAGUUCUACCUUCUGUUUCUGGUGAAGGUUUUCCUUAUGCUCCAAUGAAUUGGCCAAAUCCUGGUGAUAAUUGGACUUGGAGAGUGGGAAAGAGGGUAAAUAGUUCUGGAUAUUUCCAAGAUAGAUUUCUGUAUCUUCCAGCAAGUCUCCAACAACAGAAUUCUGCAAAAAUGUUUGCGAGCAAGCCAGCACUUGAAAAAUAUAUGCAUUCACAGUUCCCAGAUGCAGAUAUUAAAGCAUUCUUUGACUCUUUUAGUUGGAAGAUCCCUGCCAUAUUGGAAACUCCUGCAAAAGUGGAUGAUACCUCUGCCCCUCAAGAGCCCCCUCCAGGGGUAAGAACAGAGGAGCCUAAAACAGGAGGGAAAGAAAGAACUCGCCGUGUCAGCCUGAGAGAAAGAAAAGAAAUCAAGCAUGAAAUUCCUCCCCCUGUCAGCCAACCAAAGAGGAAACGAGGCAAAAUGGAAACUCCCCACUCUAGCCAGGGGAAAGAGCAACCGAAAGCAAGUGUGGUGUCAACCACAUCUAAGCGAAAAACUCGACAAAAUCUCAAGCAUUCUGUUGAACCUCCCCUCAAUAACACACAUGACAUGGUUGAUUUGUCUGUCUUGCCUGAGGUGCCAACAGAGGAAUUUGAUAAUUACCUCGAUUCUCUGGAUGAUAUUCUUGCUCAGCCUCAAACUGAAGGUCCAGCAUCCUAUCCUGCAUCCAUCAACUCUUCUGUCCAGGAAGAUGAAAUGGCUGAAGCUCGAAUUAGGCUUUGUUUGCUUCUUGAUAUGGACUUUGCUUCAUUGAUCUGCUCCCAAGACCUCACUGAACUCACAAGUCUUGCUUCAAAACUUCGGAGGGAUCCUAACCUUAGUGCUGAACAACUUGUGAAGUUAAAGCUCGUUGAAGAGAUUCCAUCAUUCAGUGAAGUGUUUCUACAGAACAAGGAACUGAUGGAGCAAGCAGACAAAUUCUUCGAAACACUUGAGGUCAACAAGGCCAACGUUACUUCCCUGCGGAAAGAGUACAGUGAGUUAAAGGAACAGGUAUCCCAACUGGAGUCGGAGAUGAAUGCUAAUUCACUGAGCAUACAAGAAAUUGAUGCACAGAUUGCUCAACUUAAAUCCCAUAGAGAUGGGAUGAUGAAAAUAAUGGAAAAUAAGAAGGAGGACAAGCUUGGGUUGACCUAUAAUCAGAGGUUGGUGGCAAAUUCAAUCCCGAAGGUUGUGAAUGAAGUUCAGGUUGCCAACUCCAAAAGGCCAGAAUGGGAGCAGAGGAAGGAAAAUGCAGUCAAGCGUGAGGCUGAAAUUCUUGCUAAAUUUUAUCCUCUAAGAGGGUUUUCCUUUAGGAUUGGUAACUCGCUCAAUUUCUCCCAUUUCCCUCAGGGAUCAGGCAGAGGUAUGGAAAACUUUUCAUCCCAUGGAAAUGUUGAUAGAGAAAGUUUCAUCCAAGUGACCAGGAGGAACUUCUCAUCUCAUGGACACGGAGAUGAAGUAAGUUUCAUGCCCAUGAACAGCUCCAUUUCCCUGCCUCUGAACAGGGAGGGGACAGGGGUGGAAGGGUAUCCUACCGCCCCUCAUUCUGGGGGCCCUCUAUCAUGGCUCUAACCUUAUGAUGUUCAACGGUUAUUUAUGGUGGGAUAUGUUACUUACGUAGUCAUUCCUAUGAAAUUGAGCAUCUAUGCCAGUGUAAAGUAUUUACGGAUUCUUUACUCCGAUGUACCCAAAAAAAGGGAAGAGCCUUGACUAAUGUUUAAAUUAAGGGUUAUCUUUGUU